AUGGCUGGCGUUAGCUCCGAAUCGAGCCUCUGGGCGAUACGGUAUCCCAACUGGGAUACAACUAGGGAAGCCUUCGAGGAUGACAAAAACCCAGUACCGAAACCGCCAUCCGUAGCAAUCGACUGGCUUUUCCUCAGCGAGACUUUUCAAAUGAGAGCCCUUGGGGGGCUGCGUAUGCCAGAAUACUGGGCCCUGCAAGACAUCGACGCAUAUGGACCAACCUACCGCGUAUCGGACGUGGUAGGUGCCAUCGAAGACGAAAGCGAUCCAUUCAUUGAUGCCGAUCCACGCGAGAAACUGUCAAACUGUAUGGAUGGUUUGACACUGUAUCCGUACGUAUCUUGGGCAACCAGUGACUUUGUCGAGGUGGACGAAACGAAGUGGUUCAAGAUCUUCCGAAGGGAGAGAUGGUCGAGUUACAAGCACCCCGACCCCAACGGGCUAUCGAUCGAUAUCGACGACGACGCAACCUGGGCCAAAAUAAGCAGAGUCAUCGAGCUUGCAAAUAGAAUUCUGAAAGAAGCAGUCAGUCAUGAAUGGCUGGCAAGUUUUCUAAAGGAGGAUUCCCGUGAAGUUCGACGGGAUGUAACGGUAGAGUCAAAACAUCAGGCCACUCGGAAGGGUACCAUCGUCCGCGUCAAGCCGGUCAGCCCCGAAUCCCGUCUUAGUCCAACAGAAGCUCGAAAGGUUCUUGACGACAUCGCCGACACUUUCUUUUGGGGAUUCUAUCUUAGAGAGGAAUCGCCUUCAGCUAUUGGAUUGACAUCAAAGCUCAUUGACAAGAACGGGAGGCUGCUCAAGUGGAUGCGUGUUGGUAUCGAGUAUUUCCAGCCGAUAUUCCAAAACAUGAUGUUCCAGGACCCUGAAGGCCGCCAGGCAACGUUUUUGGUGACCAAGACUCAUGGUAUAUCUGGCCACAUGCACAGAUCGUAUCAAGAAAAGCAUCCCGAGGAACCGCUCAUGGCGACCGAAGCUGACGUCUCCAGCGGUCCCCAAAGGGCUGGUCAUGCCCUCUUCGGCAUACGUGCCCCUUGGCCAGCUUUCUGCGUGUCAAGCGCCGGUCGCAUGGAUACCUACGACAAUGGGCCUCUCACGGAAGCAUUUCGGGAACAUCGGCCCGGCAUACCUGCCAUCGUCCCUUGCGCGAUGACAUCUUCUGACUUUUGGGAGACGCAUGUGCCAAAAUACGGAUACAAGGCACUGAGAUACAAGGGGGUCUGUGUUUCUGAACGGGUUUGGGAGAGCCAUUAUCAAGACGCCGCACGAACCUCGCGGGCCAAGAUUCUUGACCCCCCUUAUUCGGAAUACGGUCGUCUUGAUCAUAGUAUGAGAAUGAUUGCUCAGCGCUUGAGACUUAGACGAUUGGAGCUCCGAAGGCUGAGGCCAUGGUACAAGGAAGAAUACACCAAAUGGCAUGCUACGAUAUAUGCCGAGACUCAACUGCGAUGCAAAUUGGCCGACAUUGGGUCUUCGUCUAAAUCCCAUCACGACACACACGAAUCCGAUAUUCGGCACCAGCUCAAGAGCGUCUUGUGGCCAUAUAACCAUGGUCUCGAUGUCGCCAAAUUCAAGAUUCGACACAAAACGACAUCGAGGUUCCUCUACCACGCCUACGCAUAUCUGUGGUUGGCAACGCUGCCCGUCAGGAAGAAGCCUACGCCAUCCAGUCGUCCGACCUCAAGGCCACUGCAUCCCGAAAGACUGAGCAUACCCAAAGCUGCUGGAGGCCAGGAGGUCAUUGACCUUGCUACUAAUCAGGGAAAAAGAACAUCAGUAGCGACGGAAACGUACCUACGCAACUCCAAUACCCCUAGCCACGACAAAGAGCUGUGCAUGGAAAACGCCAAACUGUCGUUUUUACGAUGGAAAGUUCUCGGAAAUGUGUCACCUGAGGUGGCUAAAGGUUUCAAGUAUGACUGGCGUGAUAUAAGGAGAAUGAUGGAUCAAUCCCCCUAUGACCAUGGGUGGUUAACUUACAAUUACCGAGACUUGCCCACCCACGUCACUCAAGAGACGCAUUACCCUAUCGGAGCAUCGCAGGUUCAAGGACUUCCCUCGGAGAGGAUUGACCUUGACGACGCCGAUCUUCCAUCCUGGGCUGUCGCGAGACCGGUGAUCGCUCAAGUGCCGGUCCCGUCGCGAGGCAAAUCUGCUGAGAUCACCCCUCCGCUUCGCCACUACCAUGUAGGCGAAAUUGGUGAUCAUCAACGCGUCGGUAGCGGAGUCAAGUGGUUUGUCCACAAAGCCGACAGUGAUGACAGGCAUUUAAUCUACGACCUCAGUGGGAUAUUGUCGUCGGAGUAUGGGUGGAAUGCUGCAACUCGAGAGAAACUGACAAUGAGGCCAGAUUCCUCCAGUCCUGUCUUGAAUAGAGUGCUUCGCACAGGAGACAUGAACGAGAAGGUCCGUGAAUUGUGUUUGAAAAAUGGGCCCAUUGGACAAGUGAUGCAGCUCAUGCGCACGGAAGAUAUCAGACUGUGUUAG